GCUGUGGUCGUCAAAUAAGUCGUCAGGGCUCAGCGGUCAGGCUAUCAAUUAUUAUCAAAUUUAAAUUUUCAAAACAAUUGUUGUUGAGCAUUUCUCAUACGACGGAAUAUCUUUAAACUUACCAAAGUUUUUAUUAAAUUAACAAAGCACAAGAAAGCUAUGUAUUAAUCUUACUUGUAAUUGUAAAUUGUAAGGAAGAACAAACAUGUUGUUUGUUGCAGAGAAACUGUUAAAUAUUAUGACACAAAAACAGCAUAAGUAAUAUAUAAACUUGAUUUACCUUCUUUCUUUGGUAAUAGUCAAACUAAAUGAUUUAUUAAUAAUGCAGGAAAGCUCUAGAUCCUAUCAAAAUGAUACGAAAGAUAAAACUAUGAGAUUAGACGAAAAUAACCAAACAGGAAGUCUUGAUUUAAAGCCAGAGUUUUCAAUUCGGAUAGUUGUAUGUGAUUCAUACUUAACAAAGCCAACAGUGGGUAUUGAUGUCAUAUAUUCCGAGUUCAGAGGUAGUGAUGUCAAACAAGUACCAGUUUUGAGAAUAUUUGGAUCUGCAUUAGAUGGGAGAAAAACAUGUCUUCAUGUACAUGGAGUAUUUCCUUAUUUCUACAUACCAUGCCCAACUUCAAACCCAGAACCACAAUUAUUAUAUCAAAUUGCAGUAAGUCUAGAUAAAGCUUUAAAUAUAGCUUUGAAACAAGCUAAUUCAGUCCACCAGCAUGUUUAUAAGAUAUCAUUAGUUAAAGGAUUACCCUUUUACGGUUUUCAUGAUAAGGAACAUCUUUUUCUCAAAAUAUUCUUAUACAAUCCAGGCCUAAUCAAGCAAGCUGUUGAACUUUGCAGCAAUGGAGCAAUAUUAGGACAAGUUUUGCAGCCUUAUGAAUCUCAUUUGAAUUUUACCUUGCAAUUUUUUAUUGAUUUCAACUUAUUUGGCAUGAGCAAUAUUGAAUUACAAUCUGUUAGAUUCCGGAAAUCCAUUUCUUCACAAAAAAGUGAUGAGUUACUAGAGAGUCCUGAAGACUUUUCUCUUAAACCAGAAAGCAUUUGCUACUAUGAAGCAGAUUGCUUUGCAUCUCAUAUUAUUAAUAGAUCAAGGGUGGGUAAAAUGGAUGGUAUUGAAAAUCCUGGCUUAGAAGAGGUGUGGAACCAAGAAAUAGUGAGGCGGCAACAGCUAAAUGUAUCCAUAUCAUCGAAAUCUUUAUCUCAAAAUCGAUUGAAUGAAGGUACAGAAUCACAUCAUAAAUAUCAAAAUGGAUUUCUUGCAAAGAUCACCAGUUCAUUGGAUACACCCAUUGAACAAGUUGAAAAGGAUAAAGUGCAUUAUCCAGCAGAAACUCUUGAUGGCUCCCAGUUUUUUAAGGCAACAGAUAUAAGUUCACAUCUACAGGAAAGCUUGAGUCUGAGUAUGUCUAAAAGCAGCAGGCAAAGUAUAAUCAUGGAUAUUGAUGACACAAUUGUUGAUGAAGACAUUGCUUUAAAUAGUAGUUUUUCAGUCCAUUAUAGCCAAGUUGCUUUGGAUAGUGAGGAUUUAGAGCUUGUUGGUUUACUACAAGAAAUGGAUGAAAAAUCUGCAAUAGACAAAGACAGUAUUAUGGCAACACCAUAUGAUGACAAAACUGAAGAAGAUUUAGAUGAUGCUGAGUAUUCACAAGUGUUUAAUGAUGAAACUAUUAUGUUAGAAAACAAAUGUGAUGGUCCCGUAGAAGAAAGCUCGCCUUCUUGGCAUGACUCGUUUUGGGAAGGGGCAAAUAUUCCGCAAUUAGAUGGCACCUGUGAUGAUGACCAUGUGAAAAAGGUGAGAAAAAGAAAAAAGCUACCACUGAAACUAGGAUUAUCUAGACCUAAAAAGAAAUCUAAAGAAGAGGAAAAUAAAGAUCAUAAAACGGAUUUAAGUGAAUCAGAUGAAAUUAAUGAAUCUAGAGAAAUAAUCGAUGGCGUAUCAGAUAAACAUCUCAAAAGGAAAACAGAAGAAACAUCUAACAGUCAAAAUCACAUAGAUGAACUAUCAAUCAUUAACUUAGUACAAAAAAUUGAUGCAGCUGCUAGUUAUGAUCUUAAAAAUAAUAUGCAUCCUGUUGCCGGUCCAUCAGAAACCGUAAAAAAUCAAGUUGAAUUCGUUCGACCAUUGAGUGAUAGCUAUGAAUCGUCACCAGAAUUUAAUAAUGAAAUCGAAAGUUUUUACGAUCAGUCUAAAUUUUUCGACUUAUCUUUAGAUGACGUUAAUAAAGUUCAUGAUGAUAGUGUAAAAAAGGAAGAUAAUACAAGUGAAUUUAAAAUAAGUGUUAACACAAAUGAAGUGCGCAAUAUAGUAAUUACUCCGAAAAUUCGUCCGCCCAGCAAGGAACAUAUAAUUAAUACUCUUCAAAGAUAUUCAAUUCCGAAACAUAAAAACCCUCAACCAUAUUUCUCAAAUCAUAGAGACGUAGGGGAUAAAGUAGAGAUUGGUGAUAGAAUUAUAAAAACUCAAAGCAAGUUAGCACAAGAUCAAAAGCCAUUUGAGAAAAUAUUAGAAUGCACAAGUAUUGAAGAAUGGCGGCAAUUAUUAUUUUUACAAACAAACGAUAUGAGCGAUGAAAAUACAAAGCCGGACAAUUUAAAAACUUUGUUAGCUGGCAACAAAAAAUGUAUCAUGAGGCCGCUUAAAAACCCACCAAUUAGAAGCGAAGUUAUUAGAUGGUAUGAAAAUCAAGACGUUUCUCAUAUAAAUGAAAUUGAUAUUAAUAAAUGUGAAAUAAGUAAAAACAUAGAUGAAAUGGACACGUCUCAAGCGAUAGGGUUAAAUGAAGAAGAAAUAAAUAACAGUAUAAGUUUAGAGGAAGAGAGUAAAAAAGACUUAGACAAUACAUUCCAAGUCACAAUGCAAACGGAUGGUUCAUUUCUUUGUUUCGCUAAUACUGAGAGUCAAAAAGAAAAUACCAAAGUUAACCCAGUCGUUGAGGUGGAUUUUCUGACAGUAAUGAUAAUUGAGAUACAAACCGCAACAAGGGGCGAUUUAUAUCCAGAUCCAGCUAUUGAUGAAAUCAAAGCAAUUUUUAUAUCUAUUACAAAUAACUGCCCAGAUAACCAUUUCUUACCAAAACAUCUAACACAAAUACUAGUAGUAGAUAACAAACCACCACCUAAACAUCUAGACAGAUGUGUGUUUAAUGCAAAAAUUGCGUAUUUUGAUACAGAAAAUGACAUAUUAGAAAAAUUAAUAAGUCUAGUCAAAGAACACGACCCAGACAUUAUGUGCGGUUACGAAAUAGAAAUGAAGUCGUGGGGAUACGUUUUGGAGAGAGCUCAAUAUCUGGGUUUGGAAAUUGUUAGAGAAAUUUCGAGGGUAACAGAGAAAUACCGACAAAAAAAAUGGCGACGCGAUGACAAUGAAAUGGAAGGGAGGAUCAUUGGAAGAAUAACGUUCAAUGUAUGGAGAUUGUUUAGAUAUGAAUUGGCGUUGUCGAGUUAUAGCUUUGAGAAUUGUAUGUACGAGAUUUUGAAAGAAAGAGUUCCGAAGUACAGUUAUGCACAGUUAUCUGAAUGGUGGAAUGAUGAAUCCAGAAUGUUGAGAUGGAUACCGGUGGAAUAUCAUCUGACCAAGUUAUCUGGGACAGUACGGAUGUUGGAAAAGCUUGACAUUAUAAAUAGAACCUCAGAGUUGGCGAGGCUAUUUGGACUACAGUGGUGGGAAGUGCUAUCAAGAGGAUCACAAUUCAGGGUGGAAUCUCUCAUGUUGAGAGCAGCGCGACCAUUAAACUUGGUCGCGUUAUCACCCACAGUGAAACAGAGAGCUGCUAUGAAAGCGCCUGAAUGCUUACCACUUAUAUUUGAACCAGAAUCGCGCUUUUACGCUGACCCUGUGAUCGUACUAGACUUCCAAAGCCUCUACCCGUCUAUGAUGAUCGCAUAUAAUUACUGCUUUUCUACUUGCAUUGGUCGUAUACAGAAUAUAAAUGGCAACUCGCCAUAUGAAUUUGGCGCAUGGCGUCUUCGAAUACCGCAAGCGAAAUUAAAGGCAUUGGCGGAGAAUGACUUAGUAAACUGGUCGCCAGUGGGUGUUGGUUUCGUUAAACCCACAGUUCGUCGUGGGGUUCUACCAGCGUUACUUAGACGGAUAUUAGCCGCGAGACAAGCUGUCAAGAAGGGCAUGAAGUUGCAAACAGAUGAUGCUGUCAGAAAGGCGAUGCAUUCUAGGCAAUUGGGCCUAAAAUUAAUAGCCAACGUGACAUAUGGCUACACAGCUGCCAACUUCAGUGGCCGAAUGCCCUGUGUGGAAGUAGGUGACAGUGUCGUAGCCAAAGGCCGGGAAACUUUAGAGAGGGCAAUCAAACUCGUAAGGAAUGGUGAAUGGAAUGCGAAGGUAAUAUACGGAGAUACUGAUUCCAUGUUUGUGCUUGUACCGGGUGGAAGUCGGGCUGAAGCAUUUGCUAUCGGCCAGCAAAUUGCUGAUGCUGUCACAGCAGACAAUCCAUCUCCCGUCGUUCUUAAAUUGGAGAAGGUAUACCAACCUUGCAUACUUCAAACUAAGAAACGUUAUGUUGGCUAUAUGUACGAAAGUCCCGACCAACUGAAACCCGUAUAUGAAGCUAAAGGUAUUGAGACAGUACGAAGAGAUGGUUGUCCAGCGAGUGUAAAGCUCCUCCAACGAUCCCUGUGCGAGUUAUUCGAGUCGGGUGACAUGUCUCGCGUAAAACAGUUAGUGUGUAAAGUACUGACCCAAUUAGCUGAAUCCUCAUUACCACCUCGUGAUCUUUUCUUUACGAGGGAGUACCAUGGCCCUGGAGGGUAUAGAGCUACUGCUGCAGCACCGCCGAAUGAGAUAGCUAAGCGUCUCUUAACCCGGGACUCACGGUCAGCACCGCGUACAAGUGAGCGCGUAUCGUGGUUGGUUUGCGCCGGCGCACCGGCCACGCCCCUAGUUAAACUCGCUAGAUCACCGCAAGAAUUGUUACGAGAUACGAGUCUCGUUCCACAUAUAUCCUAUUACGCAACAAGGGCUAUACUACCACCGUUACAUCGGUGCCUCUCUUUGCUUGGAGUCGAUGUUUUUAAAUGGUGGAACGAAGUUGGCCACACUCGUUUAAUACAUUCAGAACGCGGAGCAGCUGUGUCAGAUGGCAUUGCCCGGUACCUUCAGCGUGGUCGAUGCGCAGUCUGUGGAACACGCGGCACCCGUGGUCUUUGCGUACGCUGUGCCGACACACGCUUGGCCACUGCUGUUUUGAAAACUAGGGAAAUGCACGCAGAGACCAAUCUACAGGAUACGUAUCGGAUGUGCAGCUCUUGUUGUGGACAUAAUCAGUUUCUAAAGUGUGAAAACACAGAAUGUCCAAUACUAUGGCGUCGAGUUGAAGCGCAACAAAAGUGGAAACAAAUACAAGAUAUUGUUACCUCUAACCUCUCGGAACAAAUUAGCAGGGUCGAUUUAUAAAGAUUUUUUAUAUCAUUAUUAAAAUUAUUUUAUUAUUAAUAUAAAAUUAUUAUAUAAAAUUGAAAUACAUAGUA